GUCCGAGUCUGUGGAGCCAGCCUGCCAGGCUUCUCAGCUCGCGCCCUUGCUCUGGUGUCCAGGCUCCCGACUCCGCCGGCUCCUCAGCAAAUCCUGCCGCGCAGCCCGCCGCGAUGCGCUCCGGCCAGCAGCCCGCGCCCCGGGCUCCUGCCCUGGCCCUGGCUUUGACCUUGGCUAUGUUGGCCGGACCCUCAUCCGCAGCCUCCUUCUUCGGUGAGAACCACCUGGAGGUGCCCGUGGCCACAGCUCUGACCGACAUAGACCUCCAGCUCCAAUUCUCCACGUCCCAGCCUGAAGCCCUGCUUCUCCUGGUAGCAGGCCAGGCUGACCACCUCCUCCUGCAGCUCCUCUCUGGAUACCUACAGGUCAGACUCGCACUGGGCCAGGAGGAGCUGAGGCUGCAGACGCCGGCUGACACGCUGCUGAGCAACUCCGCCCCCCACACCGUGCAGCUGACUGUUUCAGACAGCGAGGCCUUGCUGUCCGUCGAUGGGCUCCUGAACACCUCAGCCCCCAUCCUGGGAGCGCCCCUGGAGGUCUCCUAUGGGAUCUUCCUGGGCGGCACCGGGAGCCUUAGCCUGUCCUACCUGAGGGGAGCUAGCCGGCCCCUGAGGGGUUGCCUCCACGCUGCCACUCUCAAUGGCCGCAACCUGCUCCGACCACUGACCCCAGGCGUGCACGAGGGCUGUGCUGAAGAGUUUUCUGCUGAUGACAAUGUGGCUCUGGGCUUCUAUGGGCCCCACUCGCUGGCAGCCUUCCCUGCCUGGAACACUCGGGAGGAAGGUACCCUGGAGUUUAUACUCACCACUCGGAGCCAACAGGCGCCCCUGGCCUUCCAGGCAGGGGGCCGGCAGGGGGAUUUCAUCUACGUGGACAUAUUUGAGGGCCACCUGCGGGCUGUGGUGGAGAAGGGCCAGGGCACGGUAUUGCUCCACAACAGCGUGCCCGUGGCCGAUGGGCAACCCCAUGAAGUCAGCGUCCACGUGGAUGCUCACCAGCUGGAAAUCUCCGUGGACCAGUACCCCACACGGACUUCCAACCGCGGGGUCCUCAGCUAUCUGGACCCACGCGGCAGUCUCCUCCUGGGGGCUCUGGACGCCGAGGCCUCUCGCCAUCUCCAGGAGCACCGCCUGGGCCUGGCCCCGGGGGCCAUCAACGCCUCCCUGCUAGGCUGCAUGGAGGACCUCAGCAUCAACGGCCAGAGGCAGGGACUCCGGGAAGCCUUGCUGACGCGUGGCAUGGCAGCCGGCUGCCGGCUGGAGGAAGACGAGUAUGAGGAGGACCCCUACGGCCCAUAUGAAGCUUUCUCCACCCUGGCGCCCGAGGCUUGGCCAGCCAUGGAGCUGCCUGAGCCCUGCGUGCCUGAGGCGGGGCUGCCUCCUAUCUUUGCCAAUUUCACCCAACUGCUGACCGUCAGCCCGCUGGUGGUGGCCGAGGGUGGCACGGCCUGGCUCGAGUGGCGGCAUGUGCAGCCCACGCUGGACCUGAGCGAGGCCGAGCUGCGCAAAUCCCAGGUGCUGUUCAGCGUGAGCCGCGGGGCACGGCAUGGCGAGCUCGAGCUAGACAUCCCCGGUGCCCAGGCACGGAAAAUGUUCACCCUCCUGGACGUGGUGAACCGCAAGGCCCGCUUCGUUCACGAUGGCUCCGAGGACACCUCCGACCAGCUGAUGCUGGAGGUGUCCGUGACUGCCAGGGGGCCCGUGCCCUCCUGCCUUCGGAGGGGCCAAACCUACAUCCUGCCCAUCCAGAUAAACCCUGUCAAUGACCCACCCCGUAUCAUCUUCCCACAUGGCAGCCUCAUGGUGAUCCUGGAACACACACAGAAGCCACUGGGGCCCGAGGUUUUCCAGGCUUAUGACCCAGACUCCGCCUGCGAAGGCCUCACGUUCCAGCUCCUUGGCACCCCCACCAGCCUCCCCGUGGAGCGCCGAGACCAGCCGGGGCAGCCAGCAACUGAGUUCUCCUGCCGAGAGCUGGAGGCCGGCAGCCUUGUCUACGUCCACCGAAGUGGGCCCGCCCAGGACCUGACGUUCCGGGUCAGUGACGGGCUGCAGGCCAGCCCUCCCGCCACGCUGAAGGUGGUGGCCAUCCGGCCCACCAUUCAGAUCCGCCACAACACAGGGCUGCGCCUGGCCCAGGGCUCUGCUGCACCUGUCUUGCCCACCAACCUGUCAGUGGAGACCAAUGCCGUGGGGCAGGAUGUGAGCGUGCUGUUCCGAGUCACCGAGGCCCUGCAGUUUGGGGAGCUGCAGAAGCAGGGGGCAGGCGGGGCCGAGGGUGCCGAGUGGCGGGCCACACAGGCAUUCCACCAGCGGGAUGUGGAGCAGGGACGCGUGAGAUACCUGAGCACUGACUCGCAGCAUCGCACAGAGGAUGCCAUGGAGAACCUGGCCCUGGAGGUCCAGGUGGGCCAGGAGACCCUGAGCAAUCUGUCCUUCCCAGUGACAAUCCAGAGAGCCACGGUGUGGCUGCUGCGGCUGGAGCCACUGAACACUCAGAACACCCAGCAGGAGGCGCUCACCACCUCCCACCUGGAGGCCACCCUGGAGGAGGAGGCAGGCCCCAGCCCCACCACCUUCCACUAUGAGGUGGUUCAGGCCCCCAGGAAGGGCAAUCUUCGGCUACAGGGCACACGGCUGUCAGAUGGGCAGGGCUUCACCCAGGAUGACCUGCAAGCCGGUCGAGUGACCUACGGGGCCACAGCACGCACCUCAGAGACAGUCGAGGACACCUUCCGCUUCCGAGUCACAGCUCCGCCGCACUUCUCCCCGCUCUACACCUUCUCCAUCCACAUUGGUGGUGACCCAGACGCUCCCGUGCUCACCAACAUCCUCCUCUCAGUGCCCGAGGGUGGUGAGGGCAUCCUCUCGGCUGACCACCUCUUCGUCAAGAGUCUCAACAGUGCCAGCUACCUUUAUGAGGUCAUGGAACGGCCCCGCCACGGGAGGUUGGUUUGGAGGGGGGCACAGGACAAGGCCACCGUGGUGUCAUCCUUCACCAACGACGACCUGCUGCAGGGCCGGCUGGUAUACCAGCAUGACAACUCCGAGACCACAGAAGAUGACAUCCCCUUUGUGGCGACCCGCCAAAGUGACGGCAGUGGUGGCAUGGCCUGGGAGGAGGUGCGAGGCGUCUUCCGCGUGGCCAUCCAGCCCGUAAACGACCACGCUCCCGUGCAGACCAUCAGCCGCGUCUUCCACGUGGCCCGGGGUGGACGGCGGCUGCUGACAACAGAUGAUGUGGCCUUCAGUGACGCCGACUCCGGCUUUGCUGACACUCAGCUGGUACUGACCCGCAAGGACCUUCUCUUUGGCAGUAUCGUGGCUGUGGAUGAGCCCACGCGGCCCAUCUACCGCUUCACCCAGGAGGACCUCAGGAAGAGGCGAGUCCUGUUUGUGCACUCGGGGGCUGACCGCGGCUGGAUCCAGCUGCAGGUGUCCGAUGGGCAGCACCAGGCCACCGCGCUGCUCGAGGUGCAGGCCUCAGAGCCCUACCUCCAUGUGGCCAAUGGCUCCAGCCUCGUGGUCCCUCAAGGAGGCCAGGGCACCAUCGACACUGCUGUGCUCCACCUGGACACCAACCUGGACAUCCGCAGUGGGGAUGAAGUCCGCUACCGUGUCACAGCCGGCCCACACUGGGGGCAGCUGCUCCGGGCCGGCCAGCCAGCCACGGCCUUCUCCCAACAGGACCUGCUGGACGGGGCCAUUCUCUACAGCCACAAUGGCAGCCUCAGCCCUCGAGACACCCUGGCCUUCUCUGUGGAGGCAGGGCCUGUGCACACAGAGGCCACCCUGCAUGUCACCAUUGCCCUGGAGGGGCCACUGGCCCCACUGCAUCUGGUCCAGCACAAGAAGAUCUACGUCUUCCAGGGGGAGGCGGUUGAGAUUAGAAAGGAUCAGCUGGAGGCAGCCCAGGAGGCAGUGCCACCCACGGACAUCGUGUUCUCCGUGAAGACGCCCCCGCGUGCCGGCUACCUGGUGAUGCUGUCCCACAGCGCCCCAGCGGCCCAGCCGCCCAGCUUGGACCCAGUGCAGAGCUUCUCUCAGGAGGCGGUGGACGCCGGCCGUGUGCUCUACCUGCACUCCCGCCCGGAGGCCUGGACCGACGCCUUCUCCCUGGACGUGGCCUCGGGCCUGGGUGCUCCCCUUGAGGGCGUCCGCAUGGAGCUGGAGGUGCUGCCCGCUGCCAUCCCACUGGAGACCCAGAACUUCAGCGUCCCUGAGGGCGGCGCCCGCACGCUGGCCCCCCCGCUGCUCCGAGUCACUGGGCCUUUCUUCCCCACGCUGCCGGGCCUUGGCCUGCGGGUGCUGGAGCCGCCCCAGCACGGGGCCCUGCGGAGAGAGGAGGCUCCUCAGGAGGGGUCGCUCAGCGCCUUCUCCUGGAAAGAGGUGGAACAGCAGCUGAUCCGCUACGUGCACGACGGGAGUGAGACGCUGACAGACAGCUUCAUCCUAGUGGCUAAUGCCUCAGAGAUGGACCGCCAGAGCCAUCCUGCGGCCUUCACCGUCACCAUCCUGCCCGUCAAUGACCAACCCCCCAUCCUCACCACAAACACAGGCCUGAAGAUGUGGGAGGGGGCCACGGUGCCCUUCCCUCCGGAGGCCCUUAGGGGCACAGACAGCGACUCAGGACCGGAGGACCUGGUCUACACCAUCGAGCAGCCCAGCAACGGGUGGGUGGUGCUGCGGGCGGAGCCAGGCACCGAGGUCCACAGCUUCACCCAGGCCCAGCUAGACCGCGGGCUCGUGCUAUUCUCGCACAGAGGAGCCCUGGACGGCGGCUUCCGCUUCAGCCUCUCCGACGGUGAGCAUGUUUCCCCCGGACACUUCUUCCGCGUAGUGGCCCAGAAGCAGCUGAUCCUCUCCCUGGAGGGCAGCCGGAUGCUGACCGUGUGCCCAGGGUCGGUCCAGCCGCUCAGCAGCCAGAGCCUGAGAGCCAGCUCCAGUGCAGGCACUGACCCCCGGCACCUGCUCUACCAUGUGGUGCAGGGCCCCCAGCUGGGCCGGCUCUUCCACGCCCAGCAGGGCAGCACUGGGGAUGCCCUGGUGAACUUCACUCAAGCCGAGGUGUAUGCUGGGAAUGUUCUAUAUGAGCACGAGAUGCCUCCUGAGCCCUUCUGGGAGGUCCAUGAUGCCCUGGAGCUCCAGCUGUCAUCACCCCCCGCCUCCGAUGUUGCCACCACCCUUGCUGUGGCCGUGUCUUUCGAGGCUGCCUGUCCCCAGCGCCCCAGCCGCCUCUGGAGGAACAAAGGUCUCUGGGUCCCCGAAGGCCAGCGGGCCGAGAUUACCACGGCUGCCCUCGAUGCCUCCAACCUCCUGGCCAGCAUUCCGUCACCCCAGCGCCCAGAGCAUGACGUACUCUUCCAAAUCACACAGUUCCCCACCCGGGGCCAGCUGUUGGUGUCCGAGGAGCCCCUCCACGCGGGCCGGCCCCACUUCCUGCAGUCCGAGCUGGCCGCAGGGCAGCUGGCCUACGCCCACGGUGGCGGGGGCACCCAGCAGGAUGGCUUCCGCUUCCGUGCCCACCUUCAGGGACCUGCGGGGGCAUCCGUGUCGGGACCCCAAACCUCAGAGGCCUUCGCCAUCACUGUGCGGGACGUGAACGAGCGGCCGCCGCGGCCACAGGCGUCCACACCGCUCCGGCUCACCCGGGGCUCCCGCGCGCCGGUCUCCCGGGCCCAGCUCAGCGUGGUAGACCCAGACUCGGCGCCCGCGGAGAUUGAGUAUGAGGUGCAGCGGGCCCCCCUCAACGGCUUCCUGAGUCUGGCGGGGGCCAGCCCGGGACCCGUGACCCGCUUCACGCAGGCCGACGUGGACGCCGGGCGGCUGGCCUUCGUGGCCAACGGGAGCAGCGUGGCCGGCAUCGUGCAACUGAGCGCAUCCGACGGGGCCGGCCCUCCCGUGCCCAUGUCCCUGGCUGUGGACGUCCUGCCGUCGGCCAUCGAGGUGCAGCUGCGCGCGCCCCUGGAGGUGCCGCAGGCUCUGGGGCGCUCCUCGCUGAGCCGGCAGCAGCUACGGGUGGUGUCAGACCGGGACGAGCCGGACGCCGCCUACCGCCUCACCCAGGGGCCCCGGUUCGGGCAGCUCCUGGUGGCCGGGCAGCCGGCUGCCACCUUCAGCCAGCUGCAGGUAGACCAGGGGGAGGUGGUCUUCGCCUUCACCAACUUCUCCUCCUCUCACGACCACUUCAGCAUCCUGGCGCUAGCCCGAGGGGCCAACGCAUCAGCCACAGUGAACGUCACCGUCAGGGCUCUGCUGCGCGUGGGGGUGGGCGGGCCGUGGCCCCAGGGGGCCACCCUGUGCCUGGACUCCACCGUCCUAGAUGCUGGCGAGCUGGCCAACCGUACAGGCAGUGUGCCCCGUUUCCGGCUCCUGGCGGGACCCCGGCAUGGCCGUGUGGUCCGCGUGCCCCGGGCCAGGACGGAGCCCAGGGACAGCCAGCUUGUGGAUCAAUUCACCCAGCAGGACCUCGAGGACGGAAGGCUGGGUCUGGAGGUGGGCAGGCCGGAGGGUCAGUCCUCCAGCCCCACGGGCGACAGUCUCACACUGGAGCUGUGGGCAGAGGGUGUCCCCCCUGCUGUGGCCUCACUGGACUUUGACACUGAGCCUUACGAUGCGGCCCGACCCUACAGUGUGGCCCUGCUCAGUCUCCCCGAGCCUGCUCCGACAGAAGCAAGGAAACCAGAGAGCAGCACCCCCACGGGGGAGCCAGGCCCAUUCGCCUCCAGCCCCGUGCCCACCGCGGCCAGUGGGGGCUUCCUGGGCUUUCUGGAGGCCAACAUGUUCAGUGUCAUCAUUCCCGUGUGCCUGGUCCUCCUGCUCCUGGCACUCAUCCUGCCCCUGCUGUUCUACCUCCGCAAACGCAACAAGACGGGCAAGCAUGACGUCCAGGUCCUGACUGCCAAGCCCCGCGACGGCCUAGCCAGUGACACCGAGACCUUCCGCAAGGUAGAGCCAGGCCAAGCCAUCCCGCUCACGGCAGUGCCCAGCCAGGGGCCCCCACCGGGGGGCCAGCCCGACCCAGAGCUGCUGCAGUUCUGCCGGACACCCAACCCUGCUCUCAAGAAUGGCCAGUACUGGGUGUGAGGCCUGGCCUGGCCCAGAUGCUGAUCAGGCCAGGGACAGGUUUGCUCAGGCCCCAGCCCCAUUGCUCCCAUGCCCUGGUGCUGUCUGGGUAUCCCCAGAGGCAGAGAUACCUGGGGACAUCUGGGGUGGAGGGUGCUGGGAGGAAGUCCCAAGGGUCCGGGACCAAGUAGAGUCAAGAGCUGGAAUUUCCCCAGCUUUCUCCAUGCCUGGAGAACUGCAAGGGGGCGGGCCAAGGUCAGAGGCAGGCUUGGAGUCAGUCCCUCUGCCCUGGAGCUAGUUUGGGCUGUCAAAACCAGAGUGACCUCCUAGAUAUGUCAGGACUCUGGAUCCUGGGUCUGUGAUCUUGGAUAAGUCACAGCUGAUCCAGGCUGCUAAGAGGGCAAGGAGAGGAGUGGGUCGGGGAGACGGACAGGGAUUCCUGGUUUUUCCACUCCAAGCCAGGCCUCCCUUUGUCUCUGCCCCAGAGUUGACAGGAAAACUUUUUCCCCUGUUUUUUUUGGGAGAUGGUAUUCCCUGGAGCCCCUCCACUCCCUAGGAGACAUAAGCCAGUAGAAUAAUAUAUUCAGGGUGCAAGAUGGGGUGGGUUGCUCUGGGGAUGGGUUUAUUUAAGGGGGAUUGCAAGGAAGCUAUUUAACACGGUGUCGAGCUAGCCCAGACUGAUGGAGCCCCUGAGAGUGCAGGAUGGAGGAAGGUCUGAGGCCAGUUCAUCUUGACAGGCUGAGGCCUAGGUAGGCGGUAUGGGUCUGUGGCCCCCGAACAGGCUGGGCUGGGGAGUGUGCAGUGUCUCGGGCUAGAGGCCACUGCAAUGCCUGUGCUCCUCCAAGGACUGGGGGGUGAGCAGUUGGGGGCACGCGACUCCACGGGGCCUGGAUAAAUGGUGCUGUGGAUGUUCUGGACAGCUGUGUGCUGUUUGUCUGAUCGUGCCCGGGGCCCUUGUCCACACCGGCCUGCAUUCCCCUGGGGCAGGCCGUCCCACCAGGCCUCAGCCAGCAGGCUGGACAGGGCCACGUGAGCCCUAAAUGUCCACCUCCAGGGACCUUUCAAGUCUCCUCUGCCCCCACCUGUGUAGGCAGGUGGGCCAGUCUCUGCGGGAUGGGACCAAAGCUGUUUGGCUUAGGAGAGACAGGCUAGGCGCCCUCCAAGGAGUUCAAAGAAACAAUGAAAUCAGGAGAUGUAUUCGGUGUCCCAACCAUAGAUUUCUUAGCCUGAGUUUUGGCCUCCACAGCCUUGUCCCUCUCCUCCUACCUCUCAAGCAGCUGGAGCAGCAAAUGUCAGGAGAAUGAGGGGGGCAUAGGGAUCCCAAGGCUGGGACCUGGUGCUGCGGGGGAGACAAGGGGACCGCCACAGGUGCCUUCCUUUGGCUCCCUGGAGAUUUCACAAGGAAGAUUUCUUUUGGUCUCCACCCCCCAACAAGAAGACUGAGGGUACUCCUUCUCGAAGGCAGGGUAAGCGGCAAGGAUUCUGAAAGGCCAGCUGUCCCAAGAGGCCAUCUUCUGGUUAGAGAUGGAUUUAAGAUACAGGGUCUCCGGAAGACCCUCUAGGAGCUAAGGAGUCACCACCUGCUGCCCCUCUCCCCUUUGAGGGUUAUGGGCAACGAGGGCAGAUUCUGGAUCCCAGGUGAUACGGCCUGGCAGUAAGCUGAAGUCCUCAGAGGAAGCGCAGCGUGGCAGGUGUGGGAGCUCGGGCUGUCGGAGCCCGGGGCCUGAGCCCAGCCAGACUGGGGAUGGAGAGCCCCAGCCAGCCUUUGACAGCUGACCCGUGUCUGGGGACCAGAAUCACCUCUUCCUUAUGUCUCCAUAUCGGUAACAUCUGAACCGGCAACUAGGGCAAGGGAGGAAACUCCCUCCUCCCCACUGUGCUGCCCCUAGAGUGCCCUGCCAGGACGCUUCUCAGCACCCCCUUCCCAUCUCGGCAUCCCCCAGAUCCUCCUCCACGCACAAGAUUUGGGCAGGUGACCUGGAAUCCCAGUAUAUCACUGCUGAAAGGGACCCCAGGGGACCAAGGGCAGGCUGCGAAUCAGAGAGGGUUGGGUGUUGUCCAGUCACACAUAGCCAGGCAGCAUUAGAAUAGACCAGGCCCCAAGGCCCAGCCAAUUCUUCUUGCCACACUGAAGAGCCUGCCCCCAAGGACUGUCGCCAGGGCCCAUAGAUGGGGACCCCUCUACAUAGAGAUCCCUCCACACCAGGAGCUCAAAAUCCUGGCCUGGCUUCCUUUUGCAGCCUAGUCUCUCUGGCACCCCUUAGGCCAGCCUCAUACAAGGGGCCCUGCCAAGGGUGUCUCCACACCACACCCAGCCCCUCUGCCCUGCCUCUUCCUGGAGCUUGAGGCCGGAUCCUCAGGGCCCUAAUAUCUGGCGCCAGUCUCCACCCAGGGCGACCAGUUUCCCCGGAAGUGUAAGCGGAGACAAGGGUGACAGACCCGCCAGGCAGGAUCUUGCCUCAUCUCCUAUUUCCCGCCCCCCCCCCCAGGACAGACGACACCCUCUCUGUUCGCUCAGCCCAGCCUGCCCUGCUGCUCCAGUGAGCUGGCACAGGCUGGCACUGCUCCAGCUCCUUUCCGCCUGCCCUGGACAGUGGGCUGGCACCCACGGCAUGAUGCACGUGGCUCCAUGAGGACCUGGGAGAGGGUCUUUCACUGGAACACCAACCUUGGAACCCAUUCUAAAUGUGGGGCCUCAAUUUACGUAAAUCCCUCGCAGAUUUCAGAUAGGCACCCAAGGCUUAAGGGGAUUGCUCUCCACUUUGCAAAAUAACUCACUAUCCCCUUACUUUAAGAAGUCAGCUCCUCCUAGGCACUGAGAUGGAAGCCAACCUGUGCACAAGUGCUUAGGAAUGUCUGGGAGCCUCUGACCCUCUACACACACACACACACACACACACAGUGCACUUAUGCACACAGCUGUGUACCUUUAGACCUUCACACACAGCACAGACAUAAAUACCUGCCUACGUAAUACAUAUGCCCACACAUAGAUACAGGUGCACACAGAAACUUCGGAUAUCAGGACUCCUCCCUUACUGGCCACGUGGCGCCAAGGCUAGGACUCCUGACCAUCCGGAGACCCAAACUGACAUCAGCAGAGCCAGGAAGUGGAACCACAGCAGAAGAGGGUAUAGGGAACAGGGUAGGGAUGGACAGAGAACCCAGUUCUUGGGCUCUCCAGCUUCGAAGUCCUGCCUACCACCCUAAACGCUUUAGCCUCUUAGAUGGUAAAGAAGGGGCUCCCUUUGAGCCCCUCUCCUCGUGCUGGGAGCCGGCCCUUUAAGUGGAGCUGCUACGGCAGCUGUGGAACCCACAGAGCUGGAACCAUCACCCUCCAAUAGGAAGCAUGGGAUAGCUCUCCCCUUCCCCGGCUCCAGCUCUCCUGACUAGGUGGGAACUGCCAGGGGUGCUGGCAUCUUCCUCUCGGCCCCGAAGAUUCGGGAUCUUCAAGGAAUGGAGGUACCUAGGCAGCCCCAGAGUGCUCUGGUUGGGUUUCCUGUUCCUCGCCAGAACAGGUGAGGAAGCCCUGGCAAACGGAGGGAGCCAGGAUGGGAACCAGACCUGCUGGAGCCGUCACCACAGUCCCUCUGGUACCCGCAAUUCACUCGGACUUAACACCAUCCCUUCUGGUUACCGCUAGGAUUCGUGGGGCAUGGGCAAGAGCAUUUUGUGCCAAAAAUGCUGUGGGAGAUGCCCAUAGGAAUCCACCCAGCCCUUCCUGAAAAGCCCCAGACAUGCCAGUAACUGCCACACCAUGACGGGUGCCCUAACCCAGGCGUGUCAACGGGCUGAUGAGGGGAAACCUGGAGUGGGAAGGCAGCUGCCUCUGCCUGCUUCCUUCUUUCCUGACAGCGUGCUGGGUCUUUCCACGGAAGGGACAGCCAUGCAGCUGCUAAAGCUGAGCACGGCCAGCUACCUCCUGGUCACAUUGCCCUUCUUGGGGUCAUGAGGUACAGUAUUUAAUUGAUGGCUGCUGUCCUCAUCAAGGACGCCAGCUCCUGGGUGGCUCAGUCAGUUAAGUGUCUAACUCUUGAUUUUGGCUCAGGUCAUGAUCUCAGGGUGGUGAGAUCGAGCCCCAAGUCAGGCUCCACGAAGGGCGUGGAGCCUGCUUAAAAUUCUCUCCCUCUGCCUCUCUGCCCCUCCCCUCCUCAAGCACGUGCUCUCUCUCUUAAAAAAAAAAAAAAAAGCCACCUUCUCAGAGGGCCACCAGGAUUGCUGGUGGGUUGUUCUGCUGUGUUCCUUCACAAUGCAGAUGUCCUAAGACCCCCUGAAGACAAAAGUAACCCUUGGUUAAAUCAACCAGUGGCCAAGAAGGGACUUUUCUACCCAAACACAGCCUCAGCUGGGAGCUCGAGGAGCUCUGGUACCCCCCAACCUGGGCACUGCCAGCUCUGUUAGCCCAAAGCCUAGCGCUAUCCCAAGGCUUCCUUUGGAUGCCUUGUGAGGUCACACAGGGCUCAAGUGAGCCAGUCUCUGGGUCCCGAAGGCCCAAGCUAGAUGGCUUGUCUUAAGUCUUUGCUGCUCAAAGUGCGGUCCAUGGACCGGGAGCACCAGAAGCAUGUGGGAGCUUGUUAGAUAUAAGGACUCCUGGGACACCUGGCUGGCUCAGUCAGAAGAAGGUGAGACUCUUGAUCUCAGCGUUGCGAGUUCAAGCUCCACAAUGAGUAGAGAGAUUACUUUAAAAUCUUCAAAAAAGAAAAAAUAAUGAGGACUCUCAGGCCUCACCCCAGAUUGUCUGAAUCAAACCCGCAUUUUAACAAACGGUGAAGUUUAAGACACAUUGACUUAGGUCCUCCCCGUUGACCUCUGAAUGGAGAAACAGACCCGAGAGAGGCAGGGACCAGGCCAAGAUCAUAAUAAGUCAAUGACAGAACUAGAAAGAGGUCAGAACCCAUAAUCCAGUUCCAGAGUUUUGUCUUUCAACUCAAACUGUCCAUCCUUCUUCCCCACACUCUUUUGAAAAUUUGUGGGGACAGGGUUCUGUUGUGGGUGUGCCUGCUCCAGGGGCCUCCCCUGAGGACAAGAGGGAAGCAGAGGAGGACGAGGCUGGUAGCCAGGUCCGUCCAGUGGGGAGGGUCUGCAGAAGCAGCCCACUUCCACCCUCACCUCCCAAAGACAGCAUCCCUGGAGAGUGCAGCAGCCCCUGCCACCCUGCCUUCUGCAAUCCAGCUAGUCCCUCCCUCCCCACCUGUCCAGGUUCCACCUGCAGAGGGAGGGACUAAAGGAGGGGUCCGGCCAAGGCCCCCAGUCAGUGCAUUGGGUCUCUCCCACAGUAAAGCAACAGCCACCAGCAAGGGAAGGGGAAAGAAGCUGCCUGUCAGGACACGGCGCGGGCCUGGUCAAGAAGGAGGGGAUGGGCCUCCCAGAGCACUAUGUCCUGUCCUGCAGAGGGGUGGGGAGCAAGGGAGGCUGGACCACUAACUGUCCCUUCUGCCCCCAGAACAAAUGCUGUGGCCCCCCAGCCUGUGUGCUGCCCUGGGUACUGGGCGUGUGUUUGAGGCCCCCAACUCCCCUCCCCUCCCAGGGUGCUGAGGCCCCCAGCCUUCUGUCCCUUGCAGUAAACAUAGUUCAAGGCUGUGUGCCCAUGAGAGGCAAUGUCCAGCCGGGCCCGGGGCUAGGUACAUAGAUGUUCGGUAAACGUCUAUUGCCAGAAUAUAGCCCCUCCUUUCCCACAGUCCAAAAGGCCACCAAUCCCACCCAGACCCCAUAUCCUGACUUCCCAUCUGGUUCCCCUGGCUUCCCUCAUCCCUAGGAGUGCCAGCAGGGCUCCCAACUGCUGCCCUCGUCCCCAGACCACUUCCAGGGCCCAGGCAGACCUGGCCCCAGGUCCUAAGUUUCUAAGGAGCAGGUUUAAUCUGUCCCAGACUCUUCAGAGCCAGACUCUUCAGCACUCACUUAUCUCUCCCUCCAUAUUCACCUGUGGCUCCCUCCUACCAGAUACCUGGGGUCUAGCUGCUCAGAGGCACAUGGGCAGAACACUUUGACCAAAUCAUAUGUGGAAGCCUACCACCGAUGGAAUCAAACUGAUUAAAUGGGACGGGAGGAGUAGACAACCCAGAAUCCCCUUACACUCAGCCUUCCCCUGCCGCUACACCUCCUCCUCAGAGCCUCCAGGAGCCACUGGCCACCGUGCCAGCUGUUCUAAACACUGCAGGGCUCACCUGGUCCCAACCUUCCAGGGGCAAGCAACAGAGACCAGCCAAGGGUGCCCCUACCUUUACCUGACCCAGAGGACCCUGCAUGCAGUUGGAGGUCUCAGAGUCCCAGCCUACCUCCUGGAGGCUCGAAACCCUUCCAGAUGCCAAAGCUGCAUCUUUCAGCAAAGGGACUCCCAGCACCUAGGGAGUCUCAAACACAUGUGUUUGAGCCAGGGAUCCGGACAUGCUGGCCAGGGCAGAGACCUCCAGGAGCCAGAGAGCAGCAGCGAGAACCCUGUUGGGUCUUGUUGGGGAAGGCGGAGCCCUACUCUAAAGGGCUGUUGAGCAAGCAGGCAGGUGGGUGAGGCUGGUGGAUCCUGAGUGCUCCUGGAAGGCUGUGAGUCAGGGCAGAAGGCUCCUCCUGAGUCAGCCCUGCUAGAAGGUUGCCCUGUGGGCGUGGCUCCUGGACUAGGCAACUGCGGCAGGACCCGUGGACCCAAGAAGCUUCCAGGCCCCGGGGACUUCAGCCCCCCUGCCCCAUGAGCUGCCCUGACCAGCUCAGUCUGGGGAUAGAAGCCAUGAACUGAAGGAGGGAGGGCAGCGAUGGCGAUUAUGUCUGCCCAAUGAACUUACAGAAGUCCGCCCACCUGUGGAGGGAUGUUAGACCCUAGCAAGUCCGGAGCCAGGCCUCGGAGAGCUUACUACCUGCUUUCUGCCUACAGCCCCGACUCCUGUCUUCAUUCCUGCCCAGUUCCCAGUUCCUACUGCCAUGAAUGGUAGGUAAUUAGCCAGAGGCCCCACCCCCCCGCCUGAAUUAGAACCUCUCGAAGCAGUGCACCUGACCAAGGCUGCUUUUCAAAGUGUUGUGGCAAAGCUCUUAGAACAGCACCAGGCACAUAGUAAAUGCUCAAUAAAUGUUGACUAUUAUUA